AUGGCUCUCUCAAAGCCACCACAACAUUUCAGUCCCUUUAACAAUACAAAUCCUCAUCUUGAAACUGCGGCUUCUAUCUUGACAUUCUCUAUUGAUUCAUCAAGAAGCAAACGAAGAGACGUUCUUCUCUCAAUCUCAGGAACAAUAAUCCCUCAACUGUUUCUCCUUGACAGCAAACACUCUUCCUCCGCAAAAGCUGCUGACCUUUUCAGCUUCAUGGCACCAGAACCCGAGCCCGAACGCACUGUCGAGAUGGCUAAGGUGGUCCCAGAAGGAUUAAGGAAAAAUGGGGAAAAUAUAAAAGAGAUAAUAAAAGAGAUGAUGAUAGAAAAUAAGAGGUGGAAAGAAGGAGGGAAAGAGUUAAGAAGAAGUGCUUCAAACAUGAAACAAGAUUUGUAUUUAAUCAUCCAAGCAAAGCCUCCCAAGGAUAGACCUCUUCUUAGGUCACUCUAUUCAUCUCUCUUCAGCACAAUCACCAAGAUGGAUUAUGCAGCAAGAGAUGGGGAUGCAACCAAAGUAGAGGAGUACAACAAGAGUCUUGCUGCAACACUUGAUAAUAUUUUUACUCGAAUUUAA